ACUUGUGAAGUGCUCUAAGCGAGUAAUAUCAAAAGUGACAAGCUUGGUGUGGCGGCUCGCGUCCAGUAAACGGGCCGACACGAUAGCACGAUGACAUUACCAUACCGCAACAGCAAAUGUACAACAAUGAAAACUACCACCUUGAACAACCAGGCGUCUACAAUUGCCACCAUUUCUAAAUGGUUAGGAGGCAUCGGGUUAUCCUGCCUGGCUCUGCUAGUCAUGGCACUACUGGCAAAGUACUCAAGUAAAGCGCAACCUGAUAUUGUGGUUUUUAUUGCCGACGAUUUGGGAUGGGACGACGUCAGUUUUCACGGGUCUUCUCAAAUCCCGACACCCAACUUGGACGCAUUAGCGGCAGAUGGGAUAAUACUGAACAACUUCUAUGUCCAGCCUUCUUGCACUCCCUCAAGAUCAGCUUUCAUGAGUGGGCGCUACCCGAUACGCACAGGUAUGCACCACUACCCAAUCGACUUGGGUGAGCCCUGGGGGCUGCCGUUGGACGUGCGCAUCCUGCCCGAGUACCUCAGGGAUCUCGGCUACGAAACACACCUGGUUGGGAAGUGGCACCUUGGCAGCUACACGAAAAGCGUCACCCCCACUUAUCGAGGUUUCGAUAGUUUUUAUGGCUACCACUGUGGAGAAGAGGACUACUACAGCCACAAUGCCACAUUUGAAAACCAUACUGGUCUUGACUUCUGGUUGAACACGGAGCCAAGGUGGUCCGACUCUGGAAUAUAUUCCACAACACUCUACACAGAAAGAGCCCAGUAUCUUAUACGCAACAGGCAGAAGCCACUCUUUUUAGUUGUAAGCUACCAGGCACCACACGGGACAGCAGGUCCUGAGCUACUUCAGGCACCAUUGGAGAACAUUGAGAAGUUUCCCUACAUUCAGGAUGAAAAGAGGAAGAUAUUUGCAGGGGUUGUAGAUGCAAUGGACCAUUCCGUAGGACAAGUCUUCAAGACGAUGGGGGAAACCGGAAUGCUGGAAAACGUCGUCACGCUCUUUACAAGCGACAACGGUGGAACUCCGUUCGGCUUCCACUCGAGUCGAAGCUUCAACUGGCCUCUGCGUGGAACCAAAUUUUCUCUCUGGGAAGGCUCCACCAGAGCAGCGGCUUUCGUGUGGAGCCCCCUAUUGGAGCGGACGCGAAGGGUUUCGAGCCAGUUGAUGCACAUCACAGACUGGUUCACGACAUUCUACAAGAUCGCAGGUGGCAACGUAUCGAGCCUGGAGCAAGUGGACGGACUGGACAUGUGGCAGCACUUGUCCAAAGGUUCGGGUUCCAUUCGCCAGGAGGUGCUGUACAACGUCGAUUUCGUGGACCCGCCGAAGUCCCCUGUGGCAGCAAUCCGCGACUCGCGGUACAAGUUGCUACUCGACGUUACGGGUGCCGAUAAGAACCGCUACCCAACAAUCGGGGGUCAUCGUCCUAGCGACGACCUCGACGAAUUGCUCGAGCGAUCAACCGCUGCUGGAGUGCUGAAGGAUUUGUACAAGGUGGAUCGCCUAAACCUCCCCAGAGGGUGGAGGACAGAGAGCGACGCUUACGUGUGGUGAAAAAUCAAGCAAGAGCUUCUCACCCAACGAUACUGUGUUCCUGUUCGACAUCAUCCUGGAUCCGUGCGAGCUGAAUAAUUUGGCUGACGAGCACCCCGAGAUUGUAGCCUCUUUGAGAAAACGCAUUGACGCGUACCGAGCCGUAGCUGUACCUGCACGAAACAAGCCUAAAGACCCUGCAAGCUUUCCAGAGUAUCAUAAAGGAAUAUGGGCGCCUUGGCUUGACUCAUCAUAGCAGUCACAAGGAUUGAACCACGUUUCAUACAUAAACUCGCUACUCUGACUUCAGGCGCUGCAACAUACGUCAUCAGUAUCCUAAUUAUAUUGACUACACACGAGAGGGGACAUAUCCCUUGGCAAAUGCAUAGUGAAAUAAAGUAUUCA